AUGGCAUCGCUGGCCGACCGGGUCCGGGGCAACGGGCGCAUCGCCGCCGGGCUCCUGUUCAACCUGCUGGUGUCCAUUUGCAUCGUGUUCCUCAACAAAUGGAUCUAUGUGCACCACGGCUUCCCCAACAUGAGCCUGACCCUGGUGCACUUCGUGGUCACCUGGCUGGGCUUGUACAUCUGCCAGAAACUGGACAUCUUUGCCCCCAAAAGUCUGCCGCUCUCCAAGCUCCUCCUCCUGGCCCUCAGCUUCUGUGGCUUUGUGGUCUUCACCAACCUUUCUCUGCAGAACAACACCAUAGGCACCUAUCAGCUGGCCAAGGCCAUGACCACGCCGGUGAUCAUAGCCAUCCAGACCUUCUGGUACCAGAAGAGAUUCUCCAUCAGAAUACAGCUCACGCUGAUUCCUAUUACUGUAGGUGUAAUCCUAAAUUCUUACUACGAUGUGAAGUUUCAUUCCCUGGGAAUGGUGUUUGCCGCUCUUGGCGUGGUAGUCACGUCCCUUUAUCAAGUGUGGGUCGGAGCCAAGCAGCAUGAACUGCAAGUGAACUCCAUGCAGCUACUUUACUACCAGGCUCCCAUGUCGUCGGCCAUGCUGCUGGUGGCUGUGCCCUUCUUUGAGCCGGUGUUCGCAGAAGGAGGAAUAUUUGGUCCCUGGUCAGUUUCUGCUUUGCUUAUGGUACUGCUGUCAGGAGUAAUCGCUUUCAUGGUGAACUUAUCGAUCUACUGGAUCAUUGGAAACACGUCACCAGUCACCUACAACAUGUUCGGACACUUCAAGUUCUGCAUCACCCUCUGCGGAGGAUACAUCUUAUUUAAGGAUCCACUGUCGGUAAACCAAGGGCUCGGCAUCUUAUGCACGCUGUUCGGUAUCCUCACCUACACCCACUUUAAACUCAGCGAACAGGAAGGCAGUAAGAGUAAGCUGGUCCAACGGCCCUGAGCUUUGGCGGAGAAGAGAAAAGUGGAAUCGUAAGGAUGAGAAAUGACAGAUGUGUACGUCUGGAAAAGCUCCCUGCGGAAUUCAGUCAGUGACGUACAAGAGGUAUUUUCUUCACAGAGAGUGAGUUUUCUAGUACCUUUUAUCGAUUUAAUUUUUUAAAACCAAAAUGCUUCAGGCUUCUUUUCAAAGACUUUACGAACCUGGAGCUGGCACUUGGUGGUACAGUGUUUGCCUCGCACGCGUGAGACCCCGGCCUCAAACUCCAGCACCGUCAAAGAAAUGCUAGAGACUGCAUAUAAGAUGCUUCAUUCUGCCAGCCGAAGUACAGGAGAGUUCGGUUCCACUGGAAUGACAGAGCACUCCGGUGCUGCAGCUAUACCGUGGUUGUCCGUGUCCAUGAUCUCCCAGGGAAGGGCACGACAACUACUGCCAGCUCACCCAUGCCUUCCCAUCGGGAAGUUCUUUGUUGUCCAGACAGGGUGGUGAUCAUAGUUGUUUUGUGACUGGAUCUCACUGUGUAGCCCCGACUGGUCUGGAAUUCUCCACCUAGACCAAACUGGCUUUUAACCCCACCACUCCGGCUAAGCCCUUAGCUUCUUUACAAUUUCACUGUGGAACCGAAAUAUUUAUAGAAAGCAAGCUGUCAUAGACAUGAUCAUGAGACAAAUUACAACUCUGAAAGUUUCACUUUUUCAGUGGACAAUUGAUACAGGACGUUCUUCCCCGUUAGACAGGCGGGACUGCUUGAGCCAAAGCCGGCUCAACAGCACAGGCUCUACCUGAGCCAGAGGGAGUGUCUGUAAGGAGCAGUGUUGGUGGGAUGACGGUCUCACUGGUCUCCUAGUGGCUUUGGGCCUUCGGGGAGUUCUAGAUACUAUAUAUGGAGUCAAAUGAAAACCCAUGAUUAAACAGCUCAAAGGAAAGUCUUCUAGGGCCAGCGGGUAUAGCCCAGUAAUAGAAUACCUGCCUAGCACUCACAGGUGGGUCCCUUUUGUCCUGGUAACUGCCUUCCCAGCUUGCUUAGUCAUUUCAUGUCAGUGAUUUCUAAUACGGCUUCCCUCAACGCUCCCUGCCCCCCACAUACUGAAGCAGCAGUGGGGAGUAUGGUACUGGGAACCGAACUGAAUUAUGCCUUCCGUUUUUAUGGGGCAAAUUGGAGCAAAAGCUGUCCAAAUUCUAGGCGGAAACUUGGUGAAAAAAAUAGGAAAGAUACGAUAGAGAGGUAGGAAACUAGCUUUGUGUGAGGUUUCAGAGGAACUGAGAAAUAUUUUUAAUUGAGAUGCAGACAGGACACAUGGGUCUCCAAGGAAGAGGGUGCUGGGUAUUUAAUUACAAAGUGAAUGUGUGUCUGCCUUCAAGUAGAUUGACAUUUCGCCAUUAAAAGCAGCCACUGAUGGAUGACCUCAGAAGAGUCAGAUCUCUUGAAAUAAUAACUUUUUCUAAACGUACACUUUUUGUGAGAAAACAGCUUAUGACAAAGCCAUGUCUUGUGGUAAUAAAUUAUAUUUUGAAUUUUUUUUUUCACAGAGAGAAGUAACUUUUAAUAUACUAGGGUUUUUUGUUGGUAGUCGUAGUUUUUAGGUUUUUUUUUUUUAACCAAAUAAAAAAGCCUGGGUUGUAUCCCCAGCACUGCCAAAACAAAACGUUUUCAAGUAAUCAGGAAACAGGCUAGCGGGGGAGACACACUCCUAGAUCCCAAGAUUUGGGCAGCUGAGUCGGGGCUAGAAGUUCCCUGUCCAUGGACCACACAGACUCCCAGGUCAGCCUGAAUUGCAUACUGAGAUUCUAUUAAGGGGACAGGAAAUGUGCCUGUUUUAGGUUUUUUUUUUCCUGGCCCAUUUAAAGUACAAAGCCACAUUAAAUGUGUAUUCUGGAGAAUGGCAGUGUGUGUUGUGUCCAUGUGCUUCCGUGAAUAUUUGUUUUAAAUAUUGUCCUCCUCGGUUUACAGAGUCAUGUGAUUAUGCCAAGAACUACAGAACAUGCUGUCUGUACCAUUAUAGACCUUUGGUAUUCUGCUCAAGAAACAUUUUCUAUGUAUGUUUAGAUUAAUGUUUAACAGUUUCCCAGAAGCUGAUGAAAAGGAUUCCAGCAUAGAGAUCAUCAGGUUUCUGUGAGUUAGGAACACCUGAGUUGAUUUGUGCUGGGUACAAGUCUUAGGUGUAGGUGAGGCCUGGGGACGGGUGGUCUGAAAAGUUAGGUGUGUGGGGUAUAAUAAAUGUCUGGUGUCAGUAGGGAUGAGGGAGAGUGGAAGCAAGAUGAGUCAAGGUGUGUUUACAUACAUGAAUAAACUGUACUAUGAGAACCCUG